AUGCAUACCGACGAAAGGAGGGAGGUCACGCGCCUCCGCUUCUACCUCCACGACUUCAUCGGCGGGGACAGCCCCACCGUGUGGGCGGUGGCGCGUUGCAACCUAACCGAUGUCCUCCCGUACAAGUUCGGCAAGUUUCUCGUGCUCGACAACCUCGUGACCUCGGCCCCUGGCCUCGAUUCCCCCGAGGUCGGUCGCCUGCAGGGGACCGUGGUGAUGGUCUUGAACCUCGUACUCACCAAGGGCGAGUACGAGGGGAGCACGCUCAGCAUUCUCGGGCGGAACCCCCUGACCCAUGAGGCCAGGGAGGUAUCGAUCGUGGGUGGCACUGCCGCGUUUAGGAUGGCCACCGGUUACAUUCUCACGAGUACUUAUUUCAAAGACCCCGCCGGUGUUUGUAAUGUGUACGAGUACGAUGCGGUUGUGUAUCAUACGAAUCGUAAUGUUUUGUUAUCGCAUCGCCGAUGA